GAUAAAUGUCUGCUACAUCUGUCAUGUUUGUCUUAAGUUUUAAUAAAAAAAGGAAAUGAAUUGAAAACAAGCAGGAAAGGUACUUGCUUAAGUGAUCCCCAGCUAAGGAAAAUAAAAUGAAUCUCAGUAAAAAGGGGCCGGUGUUUGAAGGGGGCACUUGCAGGUGCUGCGGUAUAAUUAAAAAGUGUCGCUUAUUAAAUGCAGAAUACGAGUUUUACGGGCAAAAGGAAGUUUAUAUUGAAAUGUUUGUCGAUUGCUUCGGUGUAGUGCUGUCACAUUUGGAAGGGGAAGAAAAGGAUAGACUGAUAUGCGCUACUUGCGUAUUGCGGCUGCGUGAUGCCUGCGCUUUCAGACAGCAGGUUCUUCAGUGGGAAGAGCUAUUAUUGAAACAACAGAUGCAAGUUGAUGAUGAGAGUAAUAAAAUUACAUCAAACGAUACAGUUGUUGAAAUCAAAGUGGAAAUAGAAGAUUACAUUCCUCAACAAGAUGGAGACAGUUAUUCCCACCCAGAGGAUGAAAACAACGAGUUCAUAUGUGAGCCUGAUGUGAAAGUGCUUUUGAAAGAGGAAAUGGAUGUCGCUGAAUCGCAACUGGUCACAAGGCAAGGUACAAAGAGGAGAUUGUCACAGGAAACCUUGAAGGCUAAGAAGGAGAUGCUGUUAAAGAUGAAGAAGAUGAGGGAGAAACUAGAGGAGAUCCAGGAGGCGGAAGCUGUUCCCAUUGCAGCCGACUCGACUCCACCACUAGCGCCCGCUGGCAAAUGGAAAUCUGCCAACACAAAAGCUUUCCACAACAUAAUAACUUUAGUGGAGAACUCAUACGUGUGCCCUUUCGGAUCAACAUUCAGCAAUUACUUAUGCAUAUACUGCAGAGAAAUGUUCACCGACCCAGAGAAACUGAGACAGCACACUUUGACUCACGACCCGAAAGUGUACCAAGAUACGGUUGCUUACAAACGCGACUUGCAGAUCGACAUAGCUCGCAUAGAUUGCCGCUUGUGUCCAGCAAGCAUAGACAAUCUGGACGCUUUUUACAAACACGUGACCCAAGUGCACGACAAGACUUUGUACCCGAAUAUCAAGAAUGAAUUUCUGAAGUUCGUUUUGAGAGCGGGCAACCUUUCCUGUUUGGAAUGCGGCACUAACUAUACCAACUAUCACGCGUUGAAGAGGCAUAUGGCGGAACAUUUCGGGACUUGCAUCUGCGAUAUAUGCGGGGUGCACUUCUUUGAGGAGAACAAGUUGGUGGUUCAUCAGAAAUGUCACAGGGAUAAAAGUAAUAACAGAUUCCCUUGUAAAGAGUGCGGGAAGUUGUUCAAGUCCAAACAUGGAAUGUAUUAUCAUGUGUCGAGAGCUCACAGUGCGGAACCGACGUUCCAUUGCUACAAAUGCGAUGAGAUGCUGUUUUCACAGACACUUAGGUACAGACACAUGAUUGAAGUGCACGGUGAGACUGCCAGAAAGUUCCCAUGCGACAACUGCAAUAAAGUCUACGAUACAAGGAAAUCUCUCAGGGAACAUAACCGUAAAGCACAUCUGAGAGUGUUCAGACACGAAUGUAAAGUUUGUAAAAGGAAAUUCUACUUGCCAUCUGCGUUGAAAGAUCAUAUGGCUUCGCAUUCCGCUGAGAGGAAUUACAGAUGUGAAUAUUGUGGGAAAAGCUACCCUAGAUUGAGGGCGUUAAAGGUGCAUAUGCAAUCUCAUGAAACAGAGAAGAAAUACAAGUGCCACAUUUGCUCGGCUUCCUACACCCAAGGGAAUAACUUGAAGAAUCAUAUGAAGACAAAGCACGACUGCGAUUAUAACGACGAUGUGGGCGAACAAAGUGAUUUUCAACCUUAACGUUCUGUGAAUAAAAACUAGUGUACUGUGUCAUAUCGGUUUUAGUGUUUACGGUGUCAGUGUAGUGGUAAUUUCAACCUUAAAGUUUGGUGAUAGAAAGGAAUUUUGAAUGUCGUAAGUAUAGUGCCAAUAAAGUAUGUUUUAGCUUGAGUACCAAAGAAAAUGUAGUGUGAGAACUUAUUUGAUCUAUUAGAUUAGCUAUUGUAGGUUGUAAACAGAAAUUAUGAAUGAAAAGUUCUGUGUAUUUGCUUUAGCUAUUGCAAUGAAUUUAUGUUGUGUUUCAUGUGCAUAUACUUAUGUAAAAGAUCGUCAGAGAUACAGCCUAAGCCCACGCAUUCUUUAUGUCACCGCAUAAUUUAAAAUACCGAUCUUUCUCGUGAGAUUGUAAGUUAUCGAAAAAUUGUAAAUUUACUUUAAUAAGUUAAUUUAACACAUCAUUUUUAGUCGAGACUAUUUAAUCUUUCGAAUUAAAACCAUCAAAUUGUUAAAUGGCAUGUAUCGAAACACACCUCUCUGAUUGGUUAAACGUCAUGUGACCCGAGCGCGUGCCAUCAUAUUUGUUUCGUUUCUUGUCGAAUGUAAACAAAUAAUGUUAUGGUGUUUGUAAAUUCAUUUUGUGUUGAAAAUAAUGCUGUGAUUGUUUUGAAACUAAAAUUAAUCUGUGACUAAACAAAAAAGAGCCAAAGAAUUCUUACCUGUAUGUAUACACAGCAGUCUACUGAUAGACCGACCAAUCAGGGGCAGGCCAUUUGGAAAGUUGACAAUUUACCGCAUGACAGAUUGUGAUUUAACAGUUUCAUUUUGAUAGAUUAAAUAUCUACUGAUUAAUGCUUAAAUCGUUCAUGAUGAUGAAUGCUCAAAUCGUAAGCAGUCUCUUACGGUACACAAUCUUUCGACAGAUUGUAAUCUCGCGAGAUAGAUUAUAAUUUAAAGGUAUUUACAAUUUCAUAGUGACAUAUACGACAACAAUCAAAAUAAGAAACUUAGAAAAAGAAUAUGCUGGGAAACGAUUUUUAUUUUUUGGGUGUUA